AUGGAACCAAUUAGUAGCAGGAAGGAAAUCUUGGGUCUCUUUUGUUCCAAGUAUGGUGUUAAUGUUGAAAAUGUUGGAAACGAGAUCCUCUAUCCUCCUCCAAGUCAACAUAAUGCUUCCAAAAAUGACAGCGCCAACGUGAAAAUCCCCAAUUUGAUUGACGCCCAGGCUGCAGUUGAAUGCAUUACCGUGAAUCGCUAUGCUAUGAUGGCAGAUGAAGACACAAAGGGUUGUUUCAGGUUGCAUAAGCUAGAUACUGGGCGGGAGGAGACACCAGUGACGACCAAAAACAUCGCUGUUGCGUCUUCAUAUGGCACGAUUUCUAGCAUCCUGUUGGCGAUGGUGUCACAAGCCUUGGUUAUUCACAAAGAUGAGAAGGGAGCAUUUUCAUUUCAGAUUGGAGCACAGCCCAAUUGGAAUGCCCGAGGAAUAGACCGUAAUGCGAUAUCUGGGAUGUUUGACGAGCACAAGCACAAAAGUUUGCUGUCUUUCUAUUUGGGAAAUCAAGGAACAAAGGAACAAGAGGACCACGAAUUCGCUCUGGUGCCAUAUGCAACCAAAGGAGAAUUCGAAGAGUAUAAAGGCCUCACCACCAAAGAAAGUAUCCAAAAAUUUGUUGCCAAGCUGUUGGAACUUUCGCCAAUUGAUCAUUGGUCUACUGGAGCACUUAAUUGGGAGUGCAUUCAUGAUCUUGUUUUCAUAGCAAAGGUCCUUUGGGUUGGUUUGGAAUUGCCGUCUUUUGCAGCAAUUGGAGGCCGGCACCGGCUUUUCACGGUGUGUCAUCUUCUUCUUGGUUGGAAAGCCACCACCAAUGGCAGCACACUCAAAUGCCUAGAAGCAAAACUUCCAAAUACUCUAAUUUGGUACAAAGCUCCGAUACAAAUUGUGGUGGGAAGAGAUGGAGGCCUUUUGCGCAGUUUCAGUCUCCAACUACAGGACCAAACUAAGCAUACAAUCCCCAUAAAUCUUGGUAACUUUAUGAUUGACGUUUUGGGGAAUUGCCAGAAGAGAUCAAAUCUGGAUGCUUUGAAGAAAGGCCCAGAUGCUAUGAAACUCUUUUGGGAUGCAACAAUCAUGUGUCUGAAGUCAAAUGAAGCAUACAGAGAACUGACAAAGGCUGUACCAGGAAGUAAAAGCAGUCUUCUUGACAUUGCACUUGACAGUAGAAAGCGGAACAAGAAGCUGUGGAACUCUUUCAUGAAGUUUCUGUCCAAAGGCAAAUAUAUGUUUCCAGCACGAGAAACAAAUGAGCCUGUUACAACCAUGCUUAUUUUUUAA